AUGGACGCCCUCCAUCCCCUCCCUCACCCGUCCGUCCUCGCGCACGUCGUCGACGCCCACUGCCACCCGACCGACUCCCCGCUCUCACCCGCCGUCCUCUCUGGCCUCCCGCACCGAAUCUGCGCAAUGGCCACCCGCGCCAGCGACCAGCCCCUCGUGCGCUCGCUCGCAGAACAAUUCCCGGACAAGGUCAUCCCCUGCUUCGGGUACCACCCGUGGUUCAUCCACUGGAUCUCCCUCGCUCCGCCCAACGCCCUCCCCGCCAAGGACGUCCACUACCAAACCCUACUCCUUCCACUAUCAGAGCCAGAACACGCCCCACUCCUCCCAGCCUUCCACCGUCUCCUCCCGCUCCUCCCUGACCCCGUCUCGCUCGCAACUAUCGUCGAGGACCUCCGCACGAACCUCUCCGCCUUCCCGCACGCAAUGCUCGGCGAGGUUGGGCUCGAUCGCGCCUUUCGUAUCCCCUUCGAGCGCCCCGCCGUGCCCCCCUACGCCUCGUCCCCCGCCCCCUCGCACCCCCCAGGCCACUCACACGACGCACCCGAGCCGCGCCGCGAGCUAUCCCCGUUCACGACGCCGCUCGCACACCAGGUCGCCGUGCUCGAGGCGCAGCUCGCGCUGGCCGUCGUGCUCCGCCGCAACGUCAGCAUGCACGCCGUCAAGGCACAGCAAGCAACGCUCGCGCUCCUCGCGCGCAUGCGCGCCGCGCACGGCUCCGCCUGGACCGCGCUCAGCGUCGACAUGCACUCCUGCGGGCUCAGCGCGCUCGGGUGGGCUGAGAUCGAGCGUGUCCACCCGAACGUCUUCCUCUCCCUCUCGACCGCGAUCAACGCGCGUUCGCCCGCGCACGUCGCCCUCCUCCGCGCGGUGCACCCCGCGCGGCUGCUCGUCGAGUCCGACUUUCACGACGUCGCCUAUAGCGCUGCGUGCACGUGGGACAUGCUCGCGCGCGCAGCAACUGCGCGGGGGUGGUGGCUCGAAGAGAGCGGAGCGGAGGUCGAGGCGGGGCGCAUGCUCCGUGCGGGCCAUGGGGACGAUGGUCAGGCUAUGGCUAAGGCAGAGGAGGGCUGGGGAGCAGUGCGUCGGAUCGCGGAGAACUGGCGCGUGUUCGAGCGUGGGGGACACACGGUACUACCUGGGGUGAAGAAGAAGCGGGAUAAAAAGAAACUUUUGCUGGAUAGCUCGGAGGAGGAGAGCGGUGGGGAGUGA